UGCAACCCACAAGUCCAUCGGCUGGGGUUUCCGUCUGAGCCGUCGAAUAUGAAAUUUCGAACAACCCGAAGUUUUUGCUUCACGCUCAAGUUGCAUGGACUAUUUUUAGCAAUCUUCUAAGUGAUGGUGAUCCAUCUCAAGCGUAAUCAUAGGCCAGCAGUUAUACAGUUAUGGAACACACUGGUCUACAUUUUGUAUGAAAUGAUUGAAAUCCUAUCUACGUGUGCAAAAAUCUUGGUUCAGACACUUCCAGAGUUCUGCAAAGUCCAUUACGUAGUUGUAUUUUGCAGACUUGUGCAAUGGAUGUAAUUUUAUUAAUCAAUCAGAGGUCUCAGCUGGCUUGACAAUGGACACGUUCCACUUUAUCAUAUCGUUAAUACGGUUAUCGGUGGCUGACUUUUCUCAGGUUUCUACAUUGCUAAUCAAUAAAACCGUCGCCGAUUUCAGUUACCGAACCUUGUGACAUGGUUCCAGUCAUCAGUAAUGCAAGGAGAUUUUCAGGUGUGACACACUGUUUGGCACAAGAGCCGAUCGUAAAUCUUGCUCCAUAAAUCGUCGAAGAACUGUGAGCCCUAACCAAUGUUCUGCAUGUUCUUCACGAACCUAUGCAUAACGGAAAACAGUAUUGAAAUUACAUUCAAAUAUAACACCCAAUCCUACAGUUAGUGACUUUCUGGAGGAACUUCAUUCCAACUGUCAUCUCCUGUCCUACUUCUGAGUGUCGGAAUCAAAACUUUUAUCUACUUGAAACACAGUUCAUAUGGUGGUAUUCUCCUCUGUAACGCCCACCUGCCUCCUAUACCGAGAAGACGAGUUGCGGUAGAGAUGUCAGCGAGCAGAAUUAGGGUGGAAGCUCUGCAGAGUAGAGGGGUGCCUUUUACCAGACGUGCGUUCCUUGUGUGACGCAAUUAUCGCGAUUCGGAAACACAAAGAAUUGAAGUUGCUAUGAGGAUGUUAGGCUUGCUGGGCAAGAAGAUUUUCUGUGAAAUGUGCACUGGUGGCGUAGCUGCAUCAUGGAUGUCUGCAGCGUGUAAAACAAGCGAUAUGUCAGUUCUCCAUUUGCCGGUCCGCAAGAGAGAACAGUUACAAGACUGUGAGCCGAGGAGGAAGGUGGUUUCAAGUUUGCUUCUGUGCAGAGAGGCACAUUUCUGAGUGGAACAUGCUAAGCGUGCCUUAACUGCCGCUUCUUCCCUUGUUUCCCGCCGUCUCUAUCCUCUUCCUCUGGAACCCCCCUCCCUCCUACUCUCGCCAAUUGAUCGACCUGCCUUGCAAAUGCAUUCUGACGCUGCAUGGCGAUUCUUCCAGGUCCUUGACAUUGUAGAGCCAUUUCCAGUUUUUCCUAGCAAAUGCUCGUCAUCUUCCCUAAAUUUAGCCAUUAUUAACAAGCUGCCAAUUUCUUAUCCACUAUAGCAUUGUACUGGUCCUCUUCUGUGCCCGGUUCUCUUGAUUUCAGUUAAAAAAUUUUAGCCCGUUCGUGUUAGCAACUGACGGAGAUUUGAGGCGUAGUCAUUACAGUGUGCAAAUUAAUUCAUCUUCACAGCUUCUAGUGACAUGGAAGAGCUAGAUCGACAGGAGUAACGUAGUUAAAUGCUCUGAAAAGCAGGAUAUAGAACAGGCUUUUGGGCAUGCUUGAAUGUUCCAUCAGCUUUCAAAAGUGAGGAAGAAAGAAUCCAACGAUGAUGGAUCAUUCGGACAGGAACUAAACCUAUGCCGUGAUAAUUCUCCAAAAUCCACCGAGGGAAAGAGCCGGAUGGGUUUUGAAGUCGAAGACUAUGGCAAACUUGGGGGAAUGGAGAGCACCUCCACUCUGUUUGAAAAAGUUGUCCCUUUUCGUGUGACGAAGUCCAAUGCGGAAGAUCGGCAGAUGGAUCUUACUGCAAGGUUUAUAAUGGGACUGAGUAAAGUACAUCGCUCUACCAAGGUUCUUCAAGUGCAGAUUACCAACGAAUUGGAUCCUUUCUUUUUCUAUUCCUUAGAAGUCAAUGAGGACGACUUUCAAAACCUCAAAGUGGAACAAUGCAUAUUGGUGGAUUUUGCAACGUUCCCUUACAAGUUCAUUGAGUUGCUCGAGCAGUGUAUUGUUUCCUCUUGUACUGAUAAUCCAAGGGGUACUGGCAGGUUUCUUGCGGUAUUACACUUACGAACUGGGGACUCUACGUUAACUGUAGUGGAAACAAAUCAAUUCAAGCAUCUGAGUCAUCUAUCACUUGUGUUUCGGCAAGGAAACGACUCUGUCAUCAAACAAUUUCUUGCUGGCAGGCUGGCUGAGUACAAGGCUAUCAACGGUGACAUGCAUGAAAAGUUGCGGCGAACGCUGCACUCUUUAGAAAAAGCUCUUCGUGAUGUGAAUUGUUUAAGCAGCGAACUCAGUGAGCUGAAGGAGUCCCAGUGCCGAAACAUUAGUGAGCUGAAAUCUGAUUUCACCCUGGAGCUUGCUCAUGAAAAGGAAAAGUUCAUGCAGGAGACAACGGAGCUCAAAGUUAGGCUUGAAAAGGAACGCACAGAGUUGGAGACCCGUCUUAGGCAGCAAAUUGAUCAACAGCAACAAAGGGCUUCUGAUUUAGAUAGCCAGGUGCGGUCAUUACUGGAUACGAAGUACAAAACUGAUAACAAGAUCACAGAGCUGAAAAAUAAGUGCAUGUCUCUUGAAAGAGACCUGGAGGAAAAGACGCAGGAAGGCGAUCGUUUAAGAAAAGAGAAGCGUAACCUGGAAACAGAGAAGAACGAAGUGGAAAAAGAAUCAAACCGUCAUCUUAUUCGGCUUAGUGCUUUAGAACAGGAGGUUUCAGACAAAAAUGAAUCUCUUUCCAAAUUGACGAUGCAGCUCGAAGUACAGACCACGCAGAGGUCCGCAUUAGAAGUAUCGCGGAAAGAGGUGCUCGCGGCAGCUGACCGUGCCGAGGAGCGAGCAAGUGCUAAUGCCACCGAACUUAGCAAGUGCCAUCAAAUCAUCGAGAAACUGCAGGUUGAAUUACGCGCUUCAAAGCAAAAAGUGAAGCUCAAAGGUCAGGUCACGAGUCAGCAGGACAAUUUGCUCAAUGAGCGGCAGUCUGCUAUUGACAAGGCUCAAGCAGACAAUGCUAAUCUACGGAAUGAGUUGACAGCCCUAAAAGCUGAUAUGGAAGAUAAAAAGAAGAAGUCGGAGGAGCUCACUACUAAACUGGAUGAAGCACAGAAUCUACUGCAAUCCAAUCAACAAAUGAUCCAGUGGUUAAAUCAACAAUUGACGGAGGCUCAAUUAGGGAAGUUACCGGCGGGAUCAGUUUCCUCCCGCUUCAACGCAUUCACUCGACCCAAUACUAGUUCGCUGGCGUAUUCUUGCCUCACAUCGGCCAACAGACCUGGCGAAGCAACGACCCCUCUGUCCUCCAACAGCUCCUUGGGCGCAAGUUCUGGAUCUAAUGCAUUCAAGAAUCAGUUUCCUAAGUCCUCACCUUAUUUAUCUACAGCUACACCGAUUUCAAACAUCCCACCUCUUCAGCUCAAGUCUCAGCCAAAUGGAUUGCAAAGUGGUUCAAUACACAAAGAAUAUGGGGGUGACGGGCACCACGGCCGUUGCAAGCUCCACUAA